GUGCAGCCAAACAACUCAACUCACUGGGUUCCGUGGAACUUUGGACCAGUUUAGUUCAGGAGCAGGCGCAUCAUUAAAUGCAAUCGACCGCACAACAACAGCCGCCAUUUGUUUGGACUGAAUAAAAGCCACUAAAGGCCCGGUCCGUCGGUGAGGAGUGGGAAAAGUGUACAAAGUGGACAAAGUGGACAAAGUCACGCGUGAGGAGCUGAAAAUGAAAUUUAAUGGUUUCCUGAAUGUUUUAUGCUGCAAACUGGUGCUAAUUAUAAAUUUAGCAGAUGGGAAAUUGACACACGAGAAGGACAAACACGAACCCUACAACGUUGAGGGCGUCGAGGGGCGUAGCAUCGAGUUACAAUGCCCAAUUACGGUGCCGCUGACCGAGGUGAGCAUGGUGCUCUGGUUCAAGGAUGGCGCAGGAAUUCCACUGUACAGCUUCGACGUACGUGACAGGAUGGCCCGCCAGCCGGCACACUGGUCAGCGCCGGAGGUAUUUGGAUCACGUGCCAAGUUCAAUAUUGAUAAAUCACCUGCAUCGUUGCUGAUAAAGGACCUGAAACGGCACGACCAAGGUUUAUAUCGAUGUAGAAUAGAUUUUCGUACCAUUCAAACGCAAACAUAUCGCUACAACCUGACUGUUAUAGUGCUGCCGGAGCAACCGGUGGUUCUGGACCGCUGGGGACGGCUGAUGAACGGAACCAAGCUCGGGCCCAAGGAGGAAGGCGAUGACGUCGUAAUUACCUGUCGUGUCUCCGGAGGUCGCCCGCAGCCCUCCGUCCGGUGGCUCAUCAACGGCGUCAUCGUGGACGACCAGUACGAGCACACCUCGGGCGACAUCAUCGAGAACCGGCUGCUGUGGCCGACGAUCCAGCGCAGCGACCUGAACUCCAUCUUCACCUGCCAAACCAUGAACACGCGGCUGGUCGAGGCGAAGGAAACGAGCUACGUGCUGGACAUGCACCUGAAACCACUGUCGGUGCGCGUGAUUGAUCCGCCGGGCUCGGUCGUGGCCGACAAGCGGUACGAAGUGUCCUGCGAGAGCAGCGGCUCGCGCCCAAAUGCCAUCAUCACCUGGUACAAGGGCAAGCGGCAGAUGCGCCGCACCAAGGACGACAUCCUCAGCCACAACCGGACGCUGUCCACGCUGAGCUUUUCGCCGUCCACCGAGGACGAUGGCAAGCUGCUGACCUGCCGGGCCGAAAACCCCGACGUCAAGGGGCUGUUCCUGGAAACGACCUGGAAGAUGAACGUCGUGUAUCCACCGAUCGUGAGCGUUCAGCUGGGCUCGACGCUGGUGCCGGACGACAUCAAGGAGGGUGACGACGUGUACUUUGAAUGCCACGUGCAAUCUAAUCCGGCCUGGAAGAAGCUGCACUGGUUCCACGGGGACACGCUGCUCCUGCACAACGCUUCCGCCCGGGUCAUCCAAACCAACCAGAGCCUGGUGCUGCAGAAGCUGGGCAAGCAGUCGGCCGGAUAUUACGCUUGCAGUGCAAUCAACGACGAGGGCGAAACCGUCAGCAAUCAGCAGUUUCUUCGGGUGAAACAUGCUCCGGUGUGUGCACACGAAAAAGUCGUCCUAAUUGGUGCAUCGAAAAACGAAAAUGUGGAAAUUUUAUGCGCGAUUCAUGCAGAUCCGCCCGCCAGAACUUUCCACUGGCGGUUCAACAAUUCCGCCGAGAUUCUGGAAGUUGACCCGCACCGGUACUCGAACCAUGGAAACUUCAGUGUGCUGCAGUACACCCCGGUUACGGAACAGGACUACGGUACCCUAUCCUGCUGGGCUUCCAACGAGAUCGGAACCCAAAGCGAACCCUGUUUGUACCAAAUGAUUCUGGCAGAUCUUCCGGCUCCGGUGGCCAACUGUACCGUGUACAACCGGACGCAACAGUUUGCCGAGGUCCAGUGUGCACCUGGUUAUGACGGGGGUUUACCGCAAAUGUUUGUGCUGGAAUUAGUCUCCAAAAGAACCGGUGCAAGAAGGUUCAACUACUCGAACAAACACGAACCGUACUUCUUCCUGGAGCGGCUCGAGUGGCUCACCAACGUGAUGUCGCUGGAAAACAACUCGCUGUCCUGCGUGAUGUACGCCGUCAACCAGCGUGGCUCCAGCAUCGGCGUGGUGAUCCCCAACUUUGAGAUUGGCCACAUUCAUCCGUUCCAGUCGGAAGGCAAACACUCGACCGAGUGGCUCCCGAUGACUCUCGGUGUGCUGCUUACCAUCAUAAUAUUGGCCCUCUCGAUUUCAACCAAAGCGAUCCUGGGGACGGCCAGCUGCUGUCGACGCCGGACUCCGUCGGACAACGGCAAACGGAGUGAUAUGAAAAUUGCACAGCAAACAAAAAAUAUUGUGAUUUCGAACGAUUUCGAGUGCGGAACUAAUUGUUUGAAGCUGAAAACCGGACAAACGCACAACAACCACUAUCAGGAGAACAUUCGGGCCAGUUUGCGGAAGAAAAACACUUCAAAGGAGCUGGCCAACGAGGACGAGCCCGAUCCGGACGUCAUUCCGGCCCAGUUCAACAUGAUUUCGUCUUCGCCGAUGCUCUCAACGCCAAUGCUCGGAACUGGCAGCCGGGACAAGGCAAGUCAGCAUCAGCAUCAGCAGCAGUCGCCCCCGGACGGAGGCAACGGUAACAGUGGCGGCGGUUACGCAUUCGUCGACUACUCGGCCAACUCGUACUAUCUUAAUCCGAUAGACUUGACCAACCUGAGCAGCACCAUGGGACUGCCUCCGGUGUCGUCCUCCCAGGAACACCACCAGGACAGUGGAGGAGGUUGGCGUGGGGGCCGGCCACUCGUGACAGCUACAACAAGCUCUGCAGCGGCUCCUCCGUCGGCGACCGGUUCCGAUCUGGACAUCAACGUGAUUAAGGAUCGCCUCAUGACGACCCGGGUCCCGGAGAGUUGCGUUUGACCGGUGACGAUGGAAUUAUUUGUAGUGCGAAUUUUGAAUGCGAAGGCGAAGGUGGACCUCCGAUGCAUAUCUCUUCCGACGCAGCAGCAGCAGCACAGCAUCAUCAAGGACGCUCCGGUCCAACUGGUGAUGGCACAACGUACGCAACGGUGUCGAGGACUGUAGAAGCUCGAAACAUUAUAAAGAAUUUUAAAACGAAGUGUAUUUUUCGGACUAGCAAAAGAAAUCAACAAAAAAAAAGAUGGUAUU